AUGACCAUUAUGUUUCGCUCUUUAGUUUCCCUUCUUGCGGCUUCUGGUGUCGUUGCCGCAGCGUCGUGGAAUACCACCUGCACGACCAAAACACAACGGAAAGCAUGGAAUAACAUGACGGAUACUGAGAAGAAGUCCUACAUCGACGCUGAGCUCUGUUUAAUGUCCACAUCUUCCAAAACCGGUAUCGAAGGAGCCCUCAACCGUUGGGAUGAACUCGACUGGGCACAUAUUGUUCAGUCUAAUGUUAUCCAUAACACGGGAUCUUUUCUCCCCUGGCACCGUUACUUUAUGCGAGUCCACGAAUACCUCUUGCAAUCCGAAUGUGGUUAUGAAGGCGGCCAGCCAUACUGGAAUGAAGUCCUUGAUAUGGACGCUCUUAACCAGUUUGUUGUUUUUGACCCUGAUACCGGUUUUGGCGGCGAAGGAGGCGAUUGUGUGACGGACGGACCCUUCGUCAACUUGACGCUGCACAUCAACGCCACCUCCAACUACGCCAAUGACUGCCUAACGCGAUCUUUCAACUCCAGGGGCUUCCAAACUGGCCAGCAGCAGUACAUCGACGAGUGCUUUGCCUCAGAAAACUACACUGCUGCCUUUGAAUGCUAUCAAGUGAAUCCUCAUACAGCAGGCCACUCUGCAGUUGGUGGUACUAUGCUCGAUGUUGUUGGCAGCCCUGGAGACCCACUCUUCUUCCUUCACCACACCAACUUGGACCGUCUUUGGUGGGAGUGGCAGCAGGCCAACCUUACUUCUCGUUUGACGGACAUGGGGGGGCGUAAUAUUCCCCUGGACAGCUACCUUGCGCAAAACGGCAUGGAAUACCCUAGCGCUGCUCUUCUUGACUAUGACGGCGACUCUGGUAACGAGACCACCUUGAACCACAACCUUUGGAUGGUUGGUAUCAUGCCCAACGCCACGAUUGGAGAGGUUAUGGACCUUGGCGGUGAUGUGAUCUGCGCUGAGUACGUCUAA